CCCGGGCAGCUGCGGCGCGAGUACUUGGCGUGUAGAGAGUACCCGGAGCGAGUCCAGAAGCCCGGGCCGGGCGACAGGGAGGUAGCCCGCCGGAGUCCCAGAGCAGAGCGCGCCAUGGAUCCCAAGGCGGGCGGCGAGGAGGAUGACUGUGUGGACUCGGGCGCCGAGACCGGAGGGUCCGACUACAGCCACAUGUCCUCUACCAGCAGUGAACUUUCCCUGGAGGAGGCGCAGGACCCUUUCCUGGUCAGCAUCCACAUCAUCGCAGACCCCGGCCAGUCGCAGCCCCUGCAGGACGCAAUCGACAAGGUCCUGGCAUGGAUCCACCCAGACCUGCAGCUGUUCCGGGUCUCAGAGCGGAGGGCCUGCAGGCGGCGGCGCAAGGCCCCGCGGGGAGCACAGCCGGCGUUGGCGGUGGUGCUGUUCCUGCAGGAGGACUAUGGCGAGGAGCAGAUCCUGCAACUGCACCACGCGCUGCAGCGGCCGCCCUGGCGCCACCACCACACAGAGCGGGUGCCGGGCCGCCUGCUGCCCUACCUGCCCUGCAGCCAGGACUUCUUCUCGCUGGCGCCCGGGACGCCGCUCUGGGCCAUCCGGCCGGUGCACUAUGGCCAGGAGAUCGUGCGCUUCACCUUGUACUGCCGCCACGACAACUACACUGACAGCCUCCGCUUCUAUGAGCUGAUCCUGCGGCGCAGCCCCAGCAGGGGCAAGGCGGACUUCAGCACCUUCCCCGUCUUCUCCAACAUGGACCUGGACAUCCAGUUCUCCCUCAAGAGGCUGCCCCGCGGCCAGAACCCGGUGCCCGCCGACUCGGCUGUGCUGGAGUUCCGCGUCAGGGACCUGGGCGAGCUGGUACCGCUAUUGCCCAACCCUUGCAGUCCCAUCAGCGAGGGCCGCUGGCAGACGGAGGACCACGAUGGCAACAGGAUCCUGCUGCAGGCACAGAGGGUACACAGGAAGGUUCCCAAGCCGGGCAGAGCUAACCACUCCUCAGAGAAGAAACUUCAGUCCACACCAUCUCCCAGUGCCACCAUACCAAGCCAAACGCCCAGCAGCAGCGAGCAGUCCCUCCUGGAGAGUGCACAUCAGGGGCCAGGCCAACCAGGCUUACCCAGUGGGCAGCUGCAAGACUCUGCCCAACAAGCCAGCAGCCGUUCUGGUGUCCCCUGGUCUUUCCAGAGAAGAAGCAAGUCCUUGUUUUGUUUGCCCACAGGAGACUCUUCUCUGGCCCCGCCAACUGGACCACACUGGUUUUCAAACACAAGGGACCCAGGACGCAGGGCACCAGAGUGGGGCCAGAGUCCCCUCUUCUCCAUCGAUGACUUAGAGGGGACCCAGGAGACAGAUGUGGACACAGGCCUGCGGCUGUCUUCCUCAGACCUGUCUGUGGUCUCUGCGUACUCUGCUCCCAGUAGGUUCUGCAGCACCACAGAGGCCCCCCUCCGCUCGGAACAAUGCAGCAGCCUCUCCUCAAAGCUGCAUACUGGAGCCAAGCCACUCACAAAGACCUCCUGCACUGCCCUCACCAGCAAGCCCCCCAGCUCCUCCUCGGCCAUGCCUGCCCCUCCAGCUUCUGGCACCUCCUUGCUCAUAGAAUCCUCCCUGCAGCUCCUGGGUGACGCUUCCAAAGCCAUGCAGAUGGGCACAGAUCUCCAACCCCCCACAGUACCGGCUGAACCAGGCGACAGUGACAUGGAGGAGUUCUACAUCUGAACACCUUAGCUCUUGUCUCCCCAGCUUCCCUGAUGGCAUGGGCACAGGGCCCACUGCCAUGUGCCCAUUCCCAUGGCAAGCUGGUCUUGUUUCUAGAGACACAGUGGGUGAAUACUGGCAUUCUGAUGCAAAUAAACUCUCAAACUUAAGGAAUAUCUUUUUGAACAUUCACUUCAAUCCAACAUCCAGUUUAGUGCACUUAAACAAUUUAAAUGCAUCUUGUAAUUAUUUGAAAUGAAAUGAGAACCUAAUCAGCUGGAGCUGAUUUGGCAUUUUUUUCAUGCUGUGAAGGAAAAACAAAGCCAAAAUGUGGAACGUGGGAAGGAUGCUAAGUGAAGUAUCUGAGACACUCAGGGCACAGCAGUACGUGUCUGCCUCACUAACCCCCCCAACACUGCUUCCGGUGGGCAGCAGUACCCCACGACCAUCUGGAAGUCUGCAUUCAUCCCAAUGUUGCUAAAAUAUUUUAUAAGGAUUUAGCACUGAGUAAGACUUGGUUUGAGUUCCAAAAACUAGUUUUGGCUUCACCUUUCAUCUGCAAGCUCACUGUAACAAAGUGUGGGUCUACAGACAGCCUGCCACCACCUGUAUUUAUUUGGACUUCUGAGGAAGAGUCAGUGAAUGAACUACAGAGUGAAUAAUCAAACAUGAUAUAUGGUGGGCAGGCAGUUGUACAAUCCUUCUCUUUUGAAGACCACACUCUAAGGGCUGUGUAGACAUUUACAUGGACGACAGGAGUCACAUUUUUUACUGUUUUCAUACACCCAGUCUUUUCAUUUUUAAGUGACUUCUUUGACUGCAACAAUCAUUCAGUGCCCUGCUGCUGCCCCUGCCCCAUGGACUCAGGAGCCCUCACUGAAGUUGGGCCUCUAGCCUGGCCUUGUCUUCCCCACCUGCUGUCUACUCCAUGAAUGAGAGAAGUAUUCACGCUUCUUCUCUCCCUCUCCAGUGGAAGUAUGUUUACAGUCCCAAGCUCGGCAAUGCCAAGUGCCAGUGCCGGGCUGUUCCUGGCCUCUCUUGACCUUCAAGGAAGAAGGGCAUUGCCUGUGCCUUCCUAUUCCGGUGCUCCUCACCUCAGCCCUGCAUGGCCCAUUUCCAGGACCCAGCUCAGAACCUCUCACUCAGCCUCCUGGCAACCACUGCCAGUCCCCACACUUGAGCUGAAGCCUCAAGUCUUUGCCAUCCUCAUACAGUUACCUCAGGUUCUGCCACAGACAUCUGGGCAUCCUAGGACUCUGAAUUAUAAUAUUCUCUUCCAAUUUAAGUGCAUAAAUAUGUGCUCACAGAAGUCUAGACUAAGAGUGAGAAGACUUUUUCUGGAAAACAUUUCAGGCUUUGCCAGCCACUGUUGCAACUGCUCAUGUUACAACAUGGAAUCAGCUGUGGAUGAUACAGAUAUGGAUGUGAGUGGCUGCAUUCUAGUAAGGCUUGCUGAUGGGACCAGGAGAUAGUGCACCUGACAAGGCACACGGCUCACUAUACAGAGGGCUCAGGUUCAAGUUCCAGCACAGUCUAGGAGCACCAUAGCACCUAGGAAAGCUCCAAUGCUGUGGUGUCUCUUCCUUUCUCUGUGUCUCUCUCUAAAAUUUUUAAUGAAAUAAUGCUAGUAAUAAAGCGCAGGAGUGGCGGCAUCAUGCAAGGCCCCAACACAACAAUCAAACAAAUAACAUAUCUAGAGGAACAGGAUAAUGGCCAGAAUUGGCCCAAGAUUUGUUUUCUUCUUAUCACUGGGGCUGACUCCUCUAGGUAAAAAGAGAAAGACACCACAGCACGUGCAGUGGGGCCCAGCUCAAACCUGACUCAUUCCCAAGUGAGUGCACUAUCCAGGUGAGCUAUCUUACUGGCCAAGGGCCAUAGUUUUCUAAUCACAUGCUAGAUUGAAGCUGAGUCAAAACCCCAGCCACUAUGAGCAUAAGAAUCUAAGUCUGUACCCCACUGUAUCUGGGGGGUGUGUGCCAGGUCACAUCAAGGCUAUGAGACCCCAGGGCUCAGCAACAAGGCUCCUCUCUGCAGAGGUGGAUCUCAGAAGCUGCCCUGUCAUUGUCCCCCUCCUGUCACAGGUGGGACUCACAGUAGUAGCUGGUGGUGAAGAAAGCAUGCAGACCUUGGGGGGUGGGGGGAGAUAAAUUCAAGGGUGAUGAUGCAGACUCCAAAAAGAGGGAGUGUGUGUGUGUGGGGGGGGUAAAUUCACAUACAGCACAAGUCACUGAGGCCAGCCAGCAAGCUAGCUCACCUGGUAAGGUACCUACCUCGCCAAAUGUGUGACGCAGGUUCAAGCCCAGCUCCCCCCCCCCCACUGCCUAGGGAAGCUUCAGGGCUAUGUUUGUUCAUUCUGUCUGUCUAUCUUUUUCUCUCCCCCCACCCCCAUCUCUAUCGCAAGAAGUGAGUCAGGGUGUGAAGCAACAGCAACAACAAAGAGGUCAUUGAGGGGGCCUGGAGAUGGCUCACCAGAUAGCGCACACACUUCACUAUGCACAAGAAGCUGGGUUUGAGCACCCAACCCCCAUAUGGAAGGACCUGCAUGGCAGAAACUUCAAGAGUAGUGGUGCAGUGCUGUUGCAUCCUCUCUUUCUGUCUCUUGCCAUGUGUCUUUAAAAUUAAAGUUCACCGAAAGUAUAAUUGUGUUAGGCAGACUGAUAACCCUGGUGGCCAAAACAAACUAAGGUCAAGCGAGACUCCUCCUAUCUGAGCCUUCGGGGCCUCCUAGCACAGUGCAUCCACAUGUACCCAGGAUGCUUCCGAGACUGAGUAAUGCACAGUGGCCCCACCACCACUGCAGUCCAGUCUGUCUGUCUGGCCCAAAGACUGUCACCAAUACCCUCCAGUGCAAUGCACUCCCAGAAUACAGGGGAGGGGACAGUGACACCCACUGGAGACCACAGAUGGGCACUGGGCAUGGCCCCUUGUUGUUAAAAUUCGGAGGCUCCAGCUGGCCAGGCUAGCUUCACGGGCGGGUAACAGAGACGACCAGACACAUGGCUGGGCAGGGAAGCUGUAUUUCUUUAUUCAAGAACAAUGAUUCAUAAACUAAACCAGACUAAUCACCAAACAGAACUCUGCUGCCUCUUUCCCCCGCAGUGGCCCCAAGCACUCUCGAACUCUGGAACUCUGGAACCCUGUCGGGGUUCCUUGGGGCAGGGCCAAGCGGGCCCGCAAAACUAGCAGGACUGAUCCAAUUUUCGUGGCAGGGGGAGAGCUAGAACAACCCAAUGUAAAGCAUACAACAGCCCCUACUACAUGUGCUCAGGAAGGAGCAUUCAUCCCUGUGAGAAUGAGUCUCAGACAUUACUGACAGAGCCCUGGCCUUCAUUCCUUGUGGAGGGAGAGAGGCACUAGCAUUUUUCUCACCAGGGGCACUUCUGGCCCUCCCACCCAGGAUUCAUGACUCGAUUAUUCCUCUGAGAUGCUGGCAUACUGUAGGAACUCAAUAAAUAUGCCGAAUUAACAUUGAGAGUAUCUAUUUCUGUCCUGGAUUAGAUUCUACUAGAGGAAAUAGAUGUUAACCCCUGCUUCUUAUUAAAUGGAGCCCAGUCUUCUCUUUGCCUUGUGCCCCCCCCCCCACCCCCAGACAGCCAUAUCAGUAAGCACACUGGUCCAGGGUCUGUUCACAUCUCACCCCAUCUGCCUCUUUAUCAAUAAAGACUCUCCAAGUCUCCUAACACUGCUUGAUCUAAUGCUGAAGGCUGGGCAGUGGUACACCUGGCUAAGCACACACAUUAGCCAUGCACAAGAACCGGGGUUCAAGCACCUGGCUCCCACCUGAAGGGGGGGAAGCUUCACGAGCAGUGAAGCUGGUCUGCAGGUCUCUCCCCCCAACACACCUCAAUUUCUCUGUUCUAUCAAAUAAAAGGGAAAAAAAUGGCCAUGGGGACUGGUGGAUUUACUGUGCAGGCACUAAGCCACAGAGAUAACCCUGGUAAUAAACAAAAUCAAGAUCAGGCAGCAUAAUGGUUAUGCAAAGAGAAUCAUGCCUAAGGCUCCCAGAUCUGAUCCCACACCACCAUAGCCAGAGCUGAGAGGUGCUAAGGUGGUUGAAAGUGGCGGCAAAUACGAAGGGUGAUGUACACUGGAGCCCUUUCAACACUCAGCUCCUAUUUCAGAAGAAAUGGUCACUACUUUCUAGUGGAGGAUCCUACUAAGAAUAAAUGACCAGUCAAGGCAGAAGGCAACGGGGCAUGUGGAGGGUAUGUGGGCCCCUCUCUGUGCCCAUGUAGCACCCUCCCUAAACUCUCCAUUUGUCACAAAAAUCUCAUCUCCAGCUGUUUCUGUGGGUUCAGUAGUCCUCCCAGAUGGCUGGUCAGGGUGGUAGGUGCCCCACCUCAUCUGAAUCACCAAACUCUCUCCGGCCAGCCAUUGCCCAGUCUCUAGAACUAAAUUCAGAGCAUUGUGGAUUGGAGCUACUCAAAGUGUGGGGCAUAGGUUAAGAAAUGACUGAACAGAAGUGUUUUUAGGCCAAAUGGCAGCAGUGGGGAGGCUUUGGUGCCACCUGGUGGCCACUGUGCCCAGAAGGUCACCAGCUGCCCUCUAAACACCUGGAUGGCCAUCAUUUCUGCUUACUGGUCUGCAGUUAUUUUAUUUCUAGAAACUAAACAACUGAAAUUGACAUAAGACAGUGCAAAGAGUAACAGAAAAUUGGGGCUAAGGAAAGAAUGCCUGACUAUGCCAACUAUGAACAAAAAAGAACUGCUGUGAAUGAAUUUCUGAGAAACCAAAGCAAAAAGAGAAUGCCACCACCUGCCCCCUGAAAAUUUUAUAUCAAUUUUAAUCAACAGAUUAAUGGAUAAACCAACUGUGAUAGACCCAUACAAUAGCAGCGAUGAAAACAACCGAUAUGUGCAGAACACACACAUACAUCUAAAAAUGAUUGUACUCAGUGAGAGAGCAAGCAGGGGAGAAGGGGGGGAGAGGGAAUGUGGCAGGAUUGAGAAAAUGGUGAUGGGGAUAGGUAUUUUCACUCUCCUGGUUAUGGUAAUGCUUUCACAGAUACCAAAAAUUUUAUACCAAAAAUUGCAAAGUACUUUACAAACCACCCUUCUGCUCAAAACCCUCCCAGGACUUCUCUAGCUUUCAGAUUGAGCCUCCCCCAUCUACCCGGCAGAUCACCAUCCAGUCCUUAACCCAAAGCACCUCCUGACAGGGUGAGAAUGAGCGUUUACAGCUGCUCCGCUGGCCUUUCCAGGGAGCCUUUAAGAUAAAUCAAGGCUGCUGACCCCCACAGCUGCUCACUUCAAGAUCACUCAGCCCUGAGCGUUGUGGGAAGGGAUAGUGUGCAGGGAGGCAAACUCACCCACUGCCUGGCCAGGCCACAGUGUUGAGCCUUACUCUCUUUGGGGUUAUCACUGGGGCUGGGUGCCUGUACAAGUCCACCACCCUUUCCAGCAGUGUUUUCAUUUUCUUUCUUUUUUUCCCCUUAAAAAAAAAAAAUUUUAGGGGGCUGGGUGGGGUUGCUCCUUGUUGAGCACACAAGUUACAGUGCACAAGGACCUGCGUUCGAGCCCCCAGCCCCCACCUGCAGGAGCAAACUUCACCAGUGGUAAAUCUGAACUGCAGGUGUUUCAGUCUCUCUCCCUCUGUCUCACCCCCCUUGAUUUCUGGCUGCUUCUGUCUGAUAAAGAUAAUAAAAUUUGUUUUAAAAGUUCAAAAAAUUUAUAUGUAAAAAAAUUUUAUAGAAGUGAGGGGGUGGGGGGAAGGGACAGAAGGACAGAUACUCAAGUAUUACUGUCCCACUGCUCAGGAAACUUCCCUCCUGCAGGUGGGGAUGAGGGCUUGAACCCAGGUCCUCACACACAGUAACAUGUGAUGGGUGUGCCACAGCCUGGCCACUUUGGGUUUGGAUCAUUCUCUGCUGUCCUAUUUCCCAACUGCAGAAUCCUGACACUUCUAGCCUGUUCACAUCCCAUGCAACUCUCCCUGGUCCCUUCCUCCUGUUUUUAAAAUUCAGUGAUCAUCUUUGCAUCUUUAAUCCCCCACCUCUCCAUUGUGUAUUUCUCAGUCUUUCCACCCACCACCACAUCCAGAGUUGCCCUGGUUUGGAACUAGACUAAAAGGCAGGUGCUGUCUGAUCUCUAGAAUGUCUGUCUUUGAAAACUUGGGGGACUAAGCACUGAGGGUCUUUCCCAGCCUGGAGUUGUUCCCAUCUCUCUGCACACAUCUGAGCAUUCAUGGCUAUUUUGUCUGCAUGUUCCCAGGCUCCUGAUGACCACACAGACUGAGGGCCCCAAACUCUGACUCCCCUCCGCAUGUUCAGAAAGGACAUGGAGAGGGUGUGAGCACACUUAUCUGCUCCCUGUAGUGUUUGUCAGGUUAGAAUUGCAGCCUGAGGUCCAGGGAUUUGACCUGUUUUCUGGCCUCAGGUGAAAAACCACCUUCAUUGCCCUAAGGUGUGGCCUUCUGCACCUCCAGAGCUAGAGCCGAACCCAAACAGCAUAGGGGCUCCCCAGGGAGAUGGGCUGUUCAAGGUGGGGAAUCUCUACGUUUACCCACUGCCUGUAGCUGAGGUCUCACCCCACCUCUGCUGUGCCGACCAUCAUUUAUUUAUUUCACAAGCCAAGUGAGCAUCUAGAGGACCCAGCAGUCCUAGAAUACUGGGAAGUGGGGUAUAAACACCCAGCCAUGGAGGGCACAGGAUGACAGGGAAGGGAGAUGCCAGAGCUGCUGUCUCUACACAGCUGGCUGUAAGGCCACCCGAGGGCAGCAGGGGAGAAACCUUCACAGCAAGAGAUGCUCACAACCCUGUGAGGAGAGAUGAUAAAGGGGCAGAGAUGCCUCUGAGCUGCACCCACCACUCCACCACCCCACACUUCCCAGUUGUGCUCACACUGGAACUUGGGGUCACCAGUCCCCUGGCCCCCCCCAGAGGCUACCCUGACCUGGCCCUUUAAACUCAAGCUCUCCGCAUCCCCACCUCCACUCCUGCUCAGGUGGUCUGUCACCUGCCAGCCUUACACAUUCAGUCCCAUCCCCAGCCCACUCUUCCUCCUCCCUCCUCUUUGUUCCACAUCUCUAUCCUUUCAAUCUCAGUUUAAAUGCCACCUUUUUGGAAAGGCCUUCCUUGACUAUCUGUGUACCCUCAGACAUACACCCCCCCUUACUCCCCUCCUUUUAAUUUUUUUAAAUAUUUUAUUUAUUAUUGGAUAGAUAUGGAGAGAAAGUGAGAGAGGAGCAGGAAGAUAGAGAGUGACAGAGAGACAUGUGCAGCCCUGCUUCACUCAAGAAGCUUUCCCCCUGUAGAUGGGGACCAGGGACUUGAACCCAGGUCCUUGUACACUGUAAUGUAUACACUUAGCCAAUUGCACCACCACUGAGCCCCACUUCUUUCUUUCAUUUAUUAUUAUUAUUUUAUUGUCUCCAGGGCCAUCGUUGGGACUCAGUACCAACACCAGGAAUCUACCACUCUCAGUGGCCAUUUUUUUCUUUCUUUUUCCACCUUUUUUCUAAUUUUUAUUAGGUAGGACACAGAGAAAUUGAAAGAGGAUGAGGAGAUAGAGGGAGAGAAAGACACCUGCAGACCUGCUUCACCGCUAAUGAAGCAUUCCCACCCCCUCCUCUUACUGCAGGUGGGGAGCAGGGGCUUGAACUCAGGUCCUUGCACUUGGUAAUAUGUGCUCUUAACUGGAUGUGGAACCACCUGGCCCCCUUUUCUUUCUUUUUUAAAAAUAAUUUUUAGAUUAUUUAGAAGAGAGGAAUCAGUAUCCCUCUGACAUAUGAUGCUGGGGAUAGAAUUCCAGACCUCAAAGGUCCAACACUUAAUCCAUUGCACCACCUCCCAGACUGUUCUUCACUCCUUUUACUCUCCAUCUCAGCCUGCAUGAUACCCAUCACCAUUAAUGUAUUAAGUGUCUGUACCUUAACUGGUCAUGGGACACAGAACAAGAACCCCUUCUUGAUGAGCAGAGGCUGUCACUGUCCUCUGGAGUCAAGCACGAGGCAGGCUCUCAGUAAAUGCUUCUUAAAGGAAUGGAUGCCAAGCAUUUAUCUCAUUUAUCUACAAGGAAGGAUGGAGUCUGUCAGAUGUUUGGGUUUCUGAUGCUCAGAGAGCAUCUCCUGAAGGAUCCCCUGAUGCCCCCCCCAGCCUUCAUUGGGGUGCCUGCUGUCCUCCUGUGCUCUCAUAGAACACGGGCUUGUGUGGACCUGGGCAGCCAUGGAGCAGCUCGGCUGCCACUGUCCCUGGUAGAGAACUCCGGUCUCAAGGUAAAGGUACUGUGGCCCAUGCAGACUCAAAGGUCUUGGAACUGUCACCCCCUGGCCCCAGCCUUCCAGUUAACAGUGUAGAGACAAAUGACCAAGACUAGAUCCAUGCCUUCUAGGCAUUCACAGCCCACCAGCACAACCCAAUUGCACACUCUAGUCCUGUAAGGUCAUAGAAACAGGGACCAUCAACUCUUGCUCAGAAACUAGGAAGUUUUCUGGAGAAGCCCAGACUCCUGCUUAGUGCAGGGAGAUGAAUGAAAGUUCACGAUACCUGAGAAGAAGGAUAGACAGCAGCUUAGGUGAAAUCAGAAAGGUUUGAGUGUGUGAACAGGAGAAAUGCUGGGGACAAUUCUUGCCCUGUAAAAGGGAAUCUUGGGGCCUGGGUAGAACACACACAUUAGCAUACAUGAAGACCUAGGGACCCCAGUCCCUGCAGGUGGGGGGGAUGCUUCACAAGCAGUGUAUCAGUACUGCAAGUGUUUUUUCUCUCUCUUCCUGUCUCUACCAAAAUAAAUGGCCACCAGGAGUGGUGGUGUCCUGCAGCCAACAAGCCUCAGUGAUAAAGCUAGUGAAAAGAAAAGAACUUGUAGUGAAACAAAUUGCCUGAACAUCACUGCCAUUAGAUGUUGACUAAUAGUGGUUGUAACCCAAGUCACACAAUGUCUGUGAGGGGUCUCUGUUUACUAUUUGAAAAUGAACACAGAGAAACAAAGCACUGAUUUAACCCUCCUUGGAGAGUCCUUUUAAAAAGUGAACUCCCCAAAGCAGGUGGCAGCACAGGGAGACCAGCACAGCAUGUGUGCAUUAACGAUGGAUGUGACUUAUCUCAGCUGUAGAUUACAUAUAUGAUGCUGCUGAGUUGGGGGGGGUUGUGUUAAGUUGAGAGUACAUCAGCCCUUCUGGAAAUGUGUCCAUUAUUAUAGCUUGAGCUUGAAACAUUUUACCUGUUGGAAUUAUUCUCGCUUUAUUGUUCUUACUUUGCUCUUAUGAGCUACUACUGAUCCUAUCUGUCCUUCGUUUGCUACUAUGACUUUGGUCCACAAAGAAAAAUCCCCCUGCCUAGGAUAUCUAUGAAAACUAUAUUUCGUGGGGCCAAGUAGUGGUACACCUGGUACAGCAUACAUGUCAGCAUGUGCAAGGACCUGGGUCCAAGCCCCCAUUCCCACCUGCAGGGGGGAAAUUUCACAGUGAAUCAGGGCUACAGGUGUCUCUCUUUCUCUCUACCUGUAUCAUCCACCCUUUCCUCUCAAUUUCUCUGUUGUGUCUGAUAAAGAGAAAAAGAAAGUUAAAAAAAAAAAAUGGCCACCAGGAACCAUCAAUUCACUGUGCAGGCACCAAGCCCCAGCAACAACUCUGGUAACUAUAUAUAUGUUAAUGAUAUCUAAGUAAUUUACACACAAGAUCUCCUUUAACCUCAAAUUCAUGAGCUUGUAGUUUUUGUCAUUUUACUAAUGAGGAAAUAAGCACCAAGAUAAGGAGAAACUGCUCUAAUCUUCGUAUAACUAACUAAGAGUAGACUCAUCAUUCACUCAUUCAUUCAUUCAUUGUUAUGUAGGACCAGGAAAUGAACCACACAUCUGACACAUGCAUGAUCGUCCCAAACAGCUUCCUCAGUCCCAAUUUUUAUCAUAUAGUCAGAGAGAGGGGAAAGACAGACAUCAAGGAGAAAGAGAGAGAGAGACACACACCACAGCACUGCUCUACCAUCUAUGGAGCCCCCUUUAAGGCUGUCCAUGGGAUUGCACUCAGGGUCUUGUGUACAAUAAAGUGUGUACUGUAUCUGAGCUAUCUUCUAGCCUCCACCCCUCUUUUAAGUAGAUAGUUCUAACUUAACAGCAGAAUGCAUGAAGUUGUAUAUGAUAAGCACUAUCCUCUAAAAACUUUCUGUUACAGCAGGUGAAGCAAACCAUACAUUGUCUAGAAGGAAGGAGAGAGGAGUGACAAAUGAUAGGAAUACUUUUCUUACAGAGAAGAGGGUGGGCACUCCUGGGAAAAUAAGUGACAACUGAGCCUGGUUUGGAAGAGGAGUACAGCACUGUAAACAGAAUGUGAGAAGUCCUUCUGAGCUGGAAUAUGUUUUCCCCAAAACAUGAAUAAUUCAACCAGCAAUUUCCAGUAUGACACAUUAUUUUACCAUCAUCUAUUAUUUUGUUAAUAAAAUAUUAAUGUAUUUGUUUCCUUAUUCAUAGGUUUAAUGGCAAACACAAUUCACAGCACUGUUCUCAGAUGUUUCACUUAAAUGAGUCUAAUAGUAAAAUCUAGUAGGAAUGAAUAACACACAGUACUUUGGAACCAAAUUUAGGUUUCAGAAGUUAUAAACAGAUUCAGUUAAAAUUCUGUUCCCUGGAGCCAGAAAAGUAGCUCACUUGGACCAUGUGCUGCAUUCCCAUGUGCAUGACCCAAGUUCAAGUCCAGCCCUCCCUCACUGAAGAAAGCCUUGGUGCUGUGGUCUCUUUCACUGUCUCUGCCUCUUUCUAUUUAUAUUAAAAGUCAUCCUAGAGUGGUGAAUCAUCAGCAGUGACAAUAAACAAACAAAUAUAUAAAUGUCUAUC